AUGGAGAGGCACAGAUGCAAGCGGUGCUACCGCCGCUUCGCCCAUGGCCGCGCCCUCGCCGGCCACAUGCGCUCCCACCACGUGGUUCCUGUGAGGUUUCCCUGCCCCUUGCCCUCCCCCUCUGUCGCCUCGUCUUCCUCACCUGUGGCUGCAAUGGAGGCCGAGGAGGACGGGAAGGGGCCGGCGACGUAUGCUAUCCGCGAGAAGCGGGUGAAGAGCUUCUGUCUUGCAGACCCAGGAUUCUCCUUCACCUCCGCCUUCGAGGACCGCGAGAGCGACACCGAGUCGUUCCUUCAUCGCUGGCCCAAGCGCCGGCGCAGCGUCCCGGCGGAGACCCCUGCGGCGGAGCCACUCAGCUCCGUCUCUGACGUGUCUUCCGAGGAGGCCGUCGCUCGCUGGCUCAUGCUGCUGUCUCGCGACGCGUGGUCUAAGUACGAGGCAGAGGAGCGCAAAUCCAACGGCUGGGACGCGGUCGAAGCAGAGAAGUACGUGGAGGAGGAUGGGAUCGGAUCCAGCUCGCGGCGGCGGCGCAGUAGAUUCCGGUGCGGCACGUGCCGGAAGGUCUUCCGAUCAUACCAAGCUCUCGGCGGCCACCGCGCAAGCCACAAGAGGGAGAGGGCGGAACGCGUCCCGACCGCCGCCGUGAUGCGGAUCCACAGCGAGGAUUUCUCUGGCGCUAGCGCGGCCCACCACGACGCCAAGCUCUGGCGGUGCCCUUACUGUUACCGGGUCUUCGGCUCCGGCCAGGCACUCGGCGGCCACAAAAGAACCCACCUUUCCUCCGCCGCCGCCACUUCCCCUGCUCCCCAUCUUCCUCAUCCUCCCUCCCCGUUCGCCGCCGCCCACAGGAACAAUGGCGGCAGAGAUCUCAAUGUCCCAGCUCCAUUGGAGGAAGAGGCGGAGCUCUCGCAACAGAGUUCGCACGCAAGUGACUUCCUGUCGCCAAUUCGAUCACCCUCCGAGACAAAAAAGACGCCAUUUUGGCGGCAAUUCGAACCAAAUCCUAAGGCAAGGGGCAGCACCAAACUCCAUUCAAGAUCUCAUCUUUUUGAAGCGAGCAUAGGGAACGAGGAUUCAAUUCCAUCAAGCUGA